AUGCCUGGAGAAAACUUUGGCACACAAAGUGCUCUCAAAAGAAAUAAGCUUGUUUUCCAGCAUAUUCCUUACGAUGUUAACACUGUUUUGCGUUUUGCUUACACUCAAGCUAUGGAAUAUUGGAAUCUUGUUGAACAUCCAAAGACCAUUACUGACAAUCACAAGAAUGUUGUUUGUUUAAGAUGGAAGUUCCCUCCUUUCCCCUAUUACAAACUCAACUGUGAUGGGGCUUCAACUUUUUAUUCCUUUUUUGAAGGUUCAGGUGGUGUAAUUCGAGACUGUUCAGGGUCUUUUAAGGUGGCUUUUGCUCAUCAUCUCUUCUCCAAUUAUUCAACUGUUGUUGAGCUUUGGGAUGUUCGUGACGGCCUUCUUCUUGCUCUCAAGCUGCACAUCGCUUAUCUUAUUGUUGAUAGUGACUCGUCUUCUACAAUCGACUUUUGCAACUCACAGUCCACCCCGCCGUGGUAUCUGAAAGGCAUUCUUUUUGAUAUUCAUAGUAUAACUAAGUCCUUUCAGAAUGUAAUUUUUGUUCAUAACCUUCGCGAGACUAAUAUAGUUGUGGAUGCCUUGUCCAAUAAGGUUGUUAAUCCUUUAGUUUUUGAUGAGUGGAUCGAUCAACCACCUACUGAUAUUUUGUUUGAGCUUUAUUUCCCAUCACAAGAUUCAUCAAGAAGAGUUAGGUUCUGCAUUGCUCGCAAGAGGAGUGAUGAUGAAGAUGCAAAAGAAGAGCUCUACUCACUUGUAAUUGUAGCAAAUCUUUUUGCAGAAGGUCUCAAAGAUUUGGGCACUAUAGUCAUUGAAGAAGCUGAUGAUUAG